CGCUUCGUGCCUUUCCCUUCCCUCCUCUCGCCCCUUCUUCUUCCUUUUCGUGUUCCCUCGAGGCCGCCGCCGUGGCGUGGGGGCUCUCCCCGUGUUUCACCUCGGGGGCAGCGCAUAGGAGGCCGUGGCUUAAUUGCCCUGGUAAAGCAGUCAGGGCUCUGUCACAUCCCCAGAGUGUGAUGUUCAGGGUCAGAAAUGCCUUAUGUGGAUCGUCAGAAUCGCAUUUGUGGUUUCCUAGAUAUUGAAGAAAAUGAGAAUAGUGGGAAAUUUCUGCGGCGGUACUUCAUUCUGGACACACGAGAAGACAGUCUGGUGUGGUACAUGGAUAACCCACAGAAUCUUCCCUCUGGAUCUCCACCUGUUGGAGUCAUUAAACUUACCUAUAUUUCAAAGGUUAGCGAUGCAACUAAGCUAAGGCCAAAGGCAGAAUUCUGUUUUGUUAUGAAUGCAGGGAUGAGAAAAUACUUUCUACAAGCCAAUGAUCAGCAGGACCUAGUUGAAUGGGUAAAUGUUCUGAACAAAGCUACCAAAAUCACAGUACCAAAGCAGUCUGAUCCUCUCUGUCAAAUGGAUAAUGCAAACCGCCAAGCUGAAAGCCCAGGUGGAAAGAAGCAAGUCUCUUACAGGACAGAAAUUGUUGGCGGUGUUCCUAUCAUUACACCUACCCAGAAAGAAGAAAUCAGUGAGUGCAGUGACGGGGCUGAUAGGAAUUACCUGAAACGGUCACAAAGUCACCUUCCUUAUUUCACUGCUAAGCAUCCCCCAGAUAAUGCUAUCAUCAAAGCUGGCUACUGUGUAAAACAAGGAGCAGUGAUGAAGAACUGGAAGAGAAGAUACUUUCAGUUAGAUGAAAACACAAUAGGAUAUUUCAAGUCUGAACUGGAAAAGGAACCUCUCAGGGUUAUACCACUUAAGGAGGUCCAUAAAGUUCAGGAAUGCAAGCAAAGUGAUAUAAUGAUGAGAGACAAUCUCUUUGAAAUUGUAACAACUUCUCGAACCUUUUAUGUACAGGCGGACAGUCCAGAAGACAUGCACAGUUGGAUAAAAGCAAUUUCUGGGGCCAUUGUAGCACAGCGGGGACCUGGAAGAUCAGCAGCUUCCGUUACUCUAAUCUUAGCUUUGCACUGUGUUCCAGAUGCGGCAGGCCAGAAGGCUGUCGAAUCCUUGUAUACAGAGGAGCAUACCGAGUCUUCUUCCGAACCCAACCAUGCUCUCCGUUCUGCCGUCCCAGCCCCAGCCACCUCACAUUCCACAGCCGCUCACGGCAGCCCUCUGGUCCCAAACCCUCACGCCAAAUACCCUGCCUUGGAGAAGCGAGGAUUUCACGAAUCUUUUACCAAGGCCAAGCCAGGGAGCUACAAGAUCCAGGUUGUCGCUCCAAGAGAAUCAGCUCCCAAAGUGACUGAACGGGGCCUCUUGGAACCCCAAAGUAAAAAUGGCACUCAGGAACAGGAUCCUGGCCUUGUGGAUCUGGAUGAUGCAAGCCUUCCAGUUAGUGAUGUGUAGUGAUGGAAGUGUUUGGAGAAUGAUCCAUUUGUUCGGUCCUCUGAUUUCCUUGCUCGGACUUUUAACCAAAGAAAAUUAUAGGAAAUGAGAACAAAAAACCGGAACACUGAUUUUUAUAUAUGUAUGUGUGUGUUUCUCUGCACACAUGUGUAUAUAUAAUAUGUUUGUAUAUUGCCUUUCAGCUGAGGGUCAGAAAUGGACCUUACGCGUUUUCUCAAAGCCUGACAGUAAAUCACUUACUAGGGAGGGGCCCAACUGCACAAUUUGGGG